CGCUAAUGGCCAACUCCUCUGCCUCACCAUUUGCGGAUACCGCCGUCCUGGCAUGAGCGAGGAAGACUAUCGACGUCAUAUGACUCAAGUUUCUGGACCAAUGACAAAAGGAUUGAUGGUAAAAUAUGGAAUCGUGCAAUGGAAAAUGCUUCAUAAUACAACGGAGACUCGGAAUCUUAUGCGACAGCUCUUCGAUGAUCACAUGAUCAAUUUGGCCGAAUUCGAUUGUUUCAGUCAAGUGACGUUCAAAAGCAUUGAUGAUUACAAGCGAAUGAGGCAAGAUCCUUGGUACCGAAAGCAAAUUGCAGGCGAUCAUGUCAAUUUUGCGGAUACGCAGAGGAGCAUGAUGACGAUUGGAUGGGUCACGGAUUUUAUCGAGCAUGGAAAGCUGGUAGAGGACGUUGCAGCAGAUAAUCUUUCUGAAGCAACAACCACAACAAAGCUGCAAGCCGCUGCAGUCAUAGUGGGGUCUUUUCUCUCAGGCUUUAUGGUGUCACUAUCAAUUAUAGCGAUUCCCGUUCUCGUUGAAACUAAGACCGACGCUAACCAGCUCUUCCAUCAAUGGACACGCGUCUAUCACUAUGGGAACCAAUUGAUUCCCGGUAUAGCUAUUGGGACAUUUUUAUUGUACACUUUUGCAUGCUUCCAAAGGCGCACAGCUGAGAGGCCAAAGUCAUGGCGUCUGCUUGCACUUGCCGGCCUCGUGACUGUGAGCAUCAUCCCGUUCACAUUACUCAUCAUGAAGCCUACAAACGACAAGUUAUUCCAUUUGGAAUCGGUUACGAGGACAGCGAAGCCAGCAGAACAUGCGGGCGUCAAAGCGAUAGAGCUCAAGGAGGCUGAAGAGCUGGUUGUGUGGUGGGCUUCCAUGCAUGCUGUGAGGUCUACCUUUCCUCUGAUUGGGGCCAUUAUCGGUAUUGUCGCUACACUAUGGCACUAGAAGGGCCAAGAAAGACUGUACAUUUCGAAUUACAACGGACUGUGGGCAUCCAGAGAGGAGACACUCGU